GUUUUAAACAUUUUAGGUUAGAAUAAAUAAAGUCUCAGUAUAACCGCCAACUGAUUCAGUCAACUGAAACAAUGACACAACAAUGGAUCUAUGGCUGGUGAAUGACCCUUAGGGUCAUUUUUAUUUACUCAUAUAGAAAGAUGGAUUUGAGUAUUUGACUCUUGACCAUUUAAUUAUUAAUGAAAACGAUAAUUAAUUAAUAAAUUUUAAAUUCAUAAAACAUGAGCAUACUUGCGGCGAGUGACAAAGGAUGGAUUAUUUCCCAUUCAGAAUAUUUAAAUAAAAUUUAUCGUAAUGUUAAUAAUAAUAACAAUGAAUUAUUAUCAUUAGAAUUUGAUAAUAAAGUAUUUGAUAUUAAUUCAAAAUUUUUACGUAGUAAUCAAAUACUAAAAGUAAAUCAAGAAAAAUUAAUGACAAAUAAAAAAAAAUUUAAAAAGAAAAAAAUUGCUGAUUCUGUUUCGAUGGAAAAAUUAGAGGAAAUAAAAUUUAUUAAAGAGACAAUUGAGAAAAUGUUAGCUGAUGUUGCGGAAAAAAAAGUAUUUAAUAAUUCAAUUGAAAUUGAUUAUAAUAAACGAGCUCGUGAUGCAUCUCACGAAUUUUACGAUACUGACUAUGAUAUAUCUGAUAACUUUUAUGGAUUCAAUCAAUCAAAUAAUGCGAUUAUUACAACUUUACAUUCCAACGAAUAUGUAUUUCCAAAUAAUUGCUAUUUUUAUUCUCAUGAUAUUAAGGAUAUUGAUAAAAAAUUGGAAAUGAAAAAUCAAUUUGAUUUUAUUCUUAUGGAUCCACCCUGGUGGAAUAAGUUUAUACGAAGAAAUAAAACUAGUAGUUAUAAAAUGAUGUUCAAUGAAGAAAUAAAUAAAAUACCUGUUAGGAAAUUAUUAAAUUCUGAUGGUAUCAUUGCAAUAUGGUGUACUAAUUCUCAAAAUCAUUAUAAUUAUAUAAUUGAUGUCAUUCUACCAUUAUGGGGAAUAAAAUACCUUGCUAAGUGGUAUUGGGUUAAGGUGACCAAAUCCGGAGAAACUAUUUGUGAUUUUAAUUAUUCAUCAGUAAAACAGCCAUUUGAAUUAUUGAUUUUCGGUUGUUUAAAUGAAAAUUUAUCAACUAAAAUAACAGAUAAAAAAAUUAUUAUUAGCGUACCUAGUGCUAUACAUUCACAUAAGCCUCCUAUUAUAGAUGUAUUAAAACCUUAUUUACCUCCAAAUCCUAAUUGUUUGGAAAUUUUUGCAAGAUAUUUAUUACCCGGAUGGACAAGUUGGGGACUAGAAGUAUUGAAAUUUCAACGGUUGUCAUUGUAUAAUAUCAAUAAAGUCAAUGCUUAGAAAAAUAAAAACAAUUCAAAUAUUUUAUAAAAAUUAUCCUCGCAACUCAAAAUUUUUAUCUACUAUACUAAGCAAGAUAAUUUUUAUAAAUAAAGUACUUAUUAAUUAAAAAUAUGCACAGACUUUUUUUUAUCAUUAGUAUGCGAAUUAAAA